UAUCCGGCUCGCUUUCAAAUUUUGAACCAGGAACGCCAUCAUUUUCAUUGAGAACAGUGAUAAAACUCGACGUAAUUUUCGAAGUUGCCGCCAUGCCAUCUCUUAAAGGCUGAUUUGUUUGUCCGAAUCUCAGCAGGGGUCACAAUUUCGUGACGUCACGACUGCGCUCCGCUAUUGUCACGCAAGUCAAGUUCUGUGCCUCGGACGUCUUUAGAGAAUGACAAGGACUCUUAAUAAAUAUAUAUUCAUUAAUACACCAUAUUCAGUCCUAAAAUGUGCAUGUUUAUCGAUAUCUAGUAUAACGAAAGCACGCGGCAUGAAUUAUUAAUUAAUGCAAGGUUCAACAAAAGCAUUGGGCUACCUGUGGUUCAUGAUGUUGUUUUGGAAAAUUAAUCAAACUGAUACGAGACGGUGGAUCAGAUUUGUGGGCUAUUCUUGUCCAAAUUACUUAGUGAAGAAUAUGGCAACACUAUUAUCACCAUCACUUUCGACGAAUUCUGGACUAGCACGUUUGAUUUUUUCUCUAGUUUUCAUGGUGGCUUUGAAUUCGGUGAGUUGUCUUGACCAACAGUGUGAGAGAUUAAUACAUCCUGCUUGUAACAAGUCCGCAGGAUACAACUUCACAGCUCCUUUUUCUCCUAUCAAUGGCACACCAUACCAAGAGGUCAAAGGAACAGAACUAUUAGUUCAUCUGCCAUUGCUUAAAAGUUGUUCCAAAUACAGUGCAACCGUUCUGUGUUCUCUGCACUUUCCUAAAUGUGUUCCAGGAGUUCCAAGACCUGUGCUUCCUUGUCGAAGUGUUUGCAAUGAUUUCGUUCACAAUUGUAUCCAGGAGUUGAACUUAGCUGCUAUGUAUGGGAUGUUGACUGCAAUGUGUGAUCUACUUCCCGAGUACAAUAACGAAACCUACAAUUGUUUUCUUCCUGAGGGAUUCAACACGAGUCAAGCCAAAAGUGGAGUCGAUAAGAAUGUCUGUCAUAAGGUUGGCAUCCAACGGUGUAGUGAUGAUCUUCAUUACAAUUAUACUUUUGUUUCCAAUACCACUCAAUCUCUUUCGAAUGCUCACAUUCUACAAGGGAUUAUUGAUAGCAAAUGUUCACCCAACGCUGAGAAAUUUACAUGCUUUACGAGAUUUCCUCCUUGCUUUGGCAACACGACCACGGUUCAAGUGCCUUGCAAGUCACUUUGCAACGAGAUCAUGAACGUUUGCAAAGAUGAUUUUAAAACUUAUGGUAUUCCAGAAAGUGAUUGUGACAUUUUGUAUCCUGACGGUGUUAGCUCUAAUGGACUUUGUACGCUUUCAAAGUGGCCAGCUCCAUGGCCUAAACCAGUGAAGAUUCCCCCUAUUUGUCCAACAAUGCCUGUUCCGACAAGUUAUCCAGAAUGCAAGAAGUGUGCUCCUGUAACGAUUCAACACUGUGAAAAAGCAGGUUACAGUAAAACCUUCCAUUUCCACGACAUCGAUGGCAAGCCUUAUCAAGAGGCCAAAGCAAAAUCUCUUUUUUCUGUGCCUCUUUUGUCCCGAUGCUCCAAUCUCACACAGACAAUCCUUUGUUCUAUCUAUGUACCAAAAUGUGACGAAACAACUUGUUCGUCGAAGCCGGUACUUCCUUGUCGCAAUGUGUGUCAUCAAUUCGUUCGAGAUUGCGAAGCUGAGUUAAGACUUGCUGCACAGUAUGGUUUGAUGGUAGGAUUAUGUGACUUGUUGCCUUUACGUUGUACGAGUGAAACGCCUUGUCUCAUACCAGAUAACUUUGAACAAAAGUCUGUAGCUCACCAAAGAGGAGUCUGUUUCCCGAUAUCCAAUUCACACAACCCUUGUGCUAGAGACCUCUACUACAACAGAACAUUCCUAACGCCAUCAGAUCAGAUAAAAGUCAAAGUCCAUUUGUUGGAGUUGGUUGUUGCUUCCAAGUGCUCACCCUACGUCGAGAGAUUCUUUUGUUACACCAGACUCCCGCCAUGCAGUUCAAAUUCUACGAAAGGUCUUUCUGUGGCUCUUCCUUGUCGCUGGAUGUGUAAAAAAGUGAUUGACGAUUGCAAAGACGCGUUUGAGAAGUAUUCCAUUCCUCUCGCUGAUUGUGACUUUUUACCAGAAGAAGAAGGUGUUCAUGGUAUGUGCACAACAAGUAGAUUUCCCGUACCGUUGCGUCAUAUCAAAAAUGAAAAUAAAAAUGAAGGAAAUAAUAAAGAUGGAACGAACGCAGGCUUGAUUGUCGGCAUUAUCUUUGCUAUAAUCAUUGUUGCGGUCCUGGUAGUCUUAGGUGUGUUGUACUCAAGAUGGAAAAAACAGAAGAAGCCUUUCGAACCAAAAGAGCUUCACAACAUAGAAACUAAARCAUGGUGCUCUAUCAAAUCCUUCGCCAUCUGUCUUGCUUUGGCAAUGUUUGGUUUCAAACCAAGUUCGUCUCUGAAUGUGUGUACUCGUUAUAACGAAACUGUGGAUCAGCUUUGUGGAUAUGGAACAACUGUAAAAUUUCUGCAUCAAUCACAUUUUGAUACGGCAGUAAAGACUGUGAGAGCGUUGAUUAAAUUAUUCAAUUCUUGUUCAGCGUAUGCUAACUUGAUGAUCUGUUCAGUGUACAUCCCACGUUGUGUGUCCAAUAUAGACGGACCAUAUCUACCAUGUAGAAGAGUUUGUGAUGAAUUCAAUGACAAGUGUGGAGAUAAGAUUCAAAAAUAUAAUUUAGAGAUGGUCUUUGGAAUGUGCAAACUUUUGCCAAAGAAGGAUAAUCCUUAUUCUGGCUAUCUUGAUCGCUGCUUUGAGCCUCCUGGGUUUAAUACCAAUUUACCCGACGAUGGUGCCUCCCAUUCUCUUAAGUGCUAUCCACUCAUUGUACCAAAGUGUCAAAACAUUGGGUAUAACUAUACCACCGUUAGUACAGAGGGACAGCAGUCAAAUAUAAGACUCAUUGACUCAGAGUUAAACCGAGAGACAAAUGACAGUAUUGGCUGUACCCUGCCUCGCAAGAGAUUCCUCUGCACCGAAUACUUUCCUGCAUGCAUAAACAAAACCUUGGCAAUGUACUGUCGCAAGAAUUGUGAAGAAUUCUUCAGCAUGAAAUGUACACCUCCAUUCAAUUACCAAAAAGACAUUUGCAUGGAAUUUCCUAAAGGAAACUCGGCCAUAGGAAUUUGUAAAAGGACCCAAUGGCCGCGAGCAGAAAACUGGUUUGCAGCUAGGCAAGCUCAUACAACUACUCUUCCAAUAGCUUCUUCAUCUAAAUUAUCAACUUAUCAAAGAACUACUCUAGGACCUACUUCGAAUGCCUCGAGUACUUCGAAUCUCGGAGAAAAUGGAAAGGCUMUUUCAUCGGCUUCAUUGACUUUACCACAUUGGACGUUUGGACUAGCAGUUGGUACAAUGGUAUUCCUUACAUUUAGAAGCCUGUGGAGUAAACCCUUGUCUUGUCUAAGGUGUUAUUUAAAAGCUCUGCUUGCUUGGUGUGUUCUUGCGGUGUGUGUGUUUGAAAGCCGAAGCUCGUCACAGAAUUCAUCUAACAUCUGCGUACCUUUUCCUUCAAAAAUGGGUCUUGACAAGUUAUGUGGGUACAAAAGAACAGCUAACUUCGAUUACCUCUCACAUUUAGACACUGCAGUAAGAGCCGUUGGCACUGUCUCCAGAUUAAUGGGAUCUUGUUCAGCGUAUGCUAACUUGAUAAUCUGUUCAGUGUACAUCCCACGUUGUGUUUCUAAUAUAGACGGGCCAUAUCUACCAUGUAGAAGAGUUUGUGAUGAAUUCAAUGACAAGUGUGGAGAUAAGAUUCAAAAGCAUGGUUUAGAGUGGAUCAUUGGUAUGUGUCAACUUCUACCUGUUAAAGAUGAUCCACAAACCAGCCUGGGGUACAUUGGUCGUUGCUUUGARCCUCCAAACUUCAAGACCAACUUCACUGUGGAAAGUAUCACAAAGCCUAUUAAAUGCUAUCCACUUGUCGUGCCAAUAUGCCAGAACGUUGGUUACGAAUACACAGUCCUGAACACCGAAAAGCAAAAGGCCUAUAUAGGAUACGCCAACCGAAAGUUGAGCAAUGUUCCAAAAGAUAAUUCAACUGUUGAUUGUCCUCUUGAUCGUAAAAGGUUUUUUUGCACCGAAAAUUUCCCUGCGUGUAUAGACAAAACUAUUGCCUUUUACUGCCGGCAGAAAUGUGAGAAUUUUUUCCACAAGAACUGCUCAUCACCUUUCUUUUAUGACAAGGAAAUGUGCAUGGAAUUUCCCAUUGGAAGUUCGCCGGUUGAUAUUUGUAAACAAAGUCACUGGCCGAGAGCACAAAACUGGCCUGCAGUGAAGAGACAGUCUACUGUUCGGUCUACUGCUAACCCGACCGACUCUAAAACACCCACUCGAAUCAAUAGUAACAAUCUUUCUCUCAAGACCGUACGGCCCCAUGAUUCUGUCUUAGAAAAGCAUAGCCCAUUAAACAAUAAGAAGCAGCCAAAAGAUCCCAAAGUAAAAGCCAGGCAAGACAAAAAAACAUCCAAGAGUCAGGCAGCAAAGAUUGCUGGAGGAGUUGUAGCUGCGGUAUUUAUCGUUGCCCUGGUAUUGAUUAUAGCAUACGUAAUAUACAGAAAGAAAAAACAGACAACAAUCCCUUAUGAUAAGCAGAUCCUUUACAACGAUGAAACUGUUGAUUUGUGAUGAAAUGGAAUCGUUAUUGAAACUAUUUUAUACUUUUCAAAUUCCUUUAAUAUUUAGGCAGUCUUCACAAUCUAAAGGUUUUUAUUUGCGCAUGCUGACCUGGAGACAACAUUUAAUCUCUUUUAGCCAAAAACAAAUUGAGCCAAGCCACUUGUGAAAUUUUAUUUGCCGCAAUCGGAACUGUCUUACAUAAUAUUACAUUAGUUUUUUUAACGAAUACACGAAAAUUAGUUCUUUUAAGGAAACUGUCUUAGAUAAAGCCAUAACAUGAACAUGGGAGGAACGAGUAAAUUUUAAGGACCAACGCUUGCACGAUGACUUGCAGCAGCCAUGUUGGAUGACAGAGGAGUACCAUGCGAGCAGAGUCAGGCUCUUUUGAUAAAAAAAGAGUCAUUUUAGUAUAGCAUAUUGAAGUGUUAUCUCUUAUUCAGUGUUGGAAGCUCACAUGUUCAGCUUGUUUAUUGUAGCUAUACAAUAAGUAUUAUUAGCUAGCUUU